GCUGGAUGGACGCAGUCUGCAACUUGAUCAAUACUUGUCAUUCUCCAACAACCUCUUGAGCGUGAGACACGCUAAAGCCGACGUACCAUGAGCUGGACAGGGUUUAAGAAGUCGCUGAAUAGAGCGGGUACAACGGUACUGCAAAAGACCGGACAGAUCGAACGAACUGUAGACCGUGAAUUUGCAGACGAAGAGUCCAAGUACAGAGCCUUUGAGAAGGAGUGUCAAGCAUUGCAGAGGGACAGCAAGCAAUAUCAGGAUGCCAUGCGCUCUAUGACAGGCACACAGGCGCGAUUGGCUGAGACCAUCGAGACCUUCUACGGCGCUGCUGAUCGUACAUCGGAUGGAGCUAUGGCGAGUCACGCCUUCAAGAGCGCAGUGGAAGAGCUUGAUUCAGGCAUUCAGAGGGAACUCGAUGCUCCUUACCGUACUACCAUCAUGGAGCCUCUCGGGAAGAUGAAUGCUUACUUCCCCAUCGUGAACGAACAUAUUUCGAAACGUAACAAGAAGCUCCUGGAUUACGACGCCGCACGUAGCAAACUACGAAAGACGAUCGAGAAACCAAGUGAAGACCCUACAAAGCUUCCAAAAGCACAACAAGAACAUGACGAUGCCAAAGAGGUUUUCGAGCUCAUGAAUGACCAACUCAUCUCUGAGCUCCCGCAACUCUUGGACCUGCGCAUACCAUAUUUCGAUCCCAGUUUCGAGGCUAUGAUUCGCAUGCAAUGCAAGUUUGCAGAGGAGGGAUACGAGAAGAUGAGCGCUGUACAGAGGUAUUUUGCGGACAAUGUAAGAGAUGAUUAUGCUGCAGGUCAGCUGGAUGCGCAGGUCGAGGCGGUCUUGCAAGAAAUGAGAGAACUAUCCAUCUGUGGGGCCAAUUGACCUUGUUGCUUCAUUUCAUUAUACACAUCUGUUCAGGCAGAUUCUUUCUUUCGGACAAUCAUAUUAAUGCGUGUAAAUCAACCUCGUAAUCCAUGGAUUCCAUGACCGUGCAUUAAAAAGAUGAGCUGU